AUGGCAUUUUCCUCCUCCUCAUCAGAAGACAAUUUCGGUUCUUCCUCAAGGUCCCUGCGCGACGCCAGGUUCACAGGCAUCAACAGCCCGUCUGAGUCGUCGAGUCACGGAAAAGGGCCUGAACCUCAAUUUGACAUUAUAUCGUGGUACCCCAGGCACCAGAGUUGUCAGCGCUACUUUAUCGAUCACGCACAGCACGAGCCGCUGGUGCAGACGUUUGCAGCCUUUGUCAACAUCUUGCUCCCUUUCCAAAGACAGCCGAACCCCGUGUUCAGCACGACUGGGUCUCGCAGCGGGAAAGCGAGGCUUGACAGAGAAGGCCCGUCACGAGUUAGCAGUUCCGAAGCAGCUGCCGCCGCCUCAGCAGUCUCGCUCAUCCCCUACAUACGAAGGCUGGUCGUCACGGGUAUGGAUGUGCCCCAAGUACUUCAUGGAUUCUUUGGAGAUGACUGGAGGGCUGGCGUUGGGCCUCAACGAGAGGCAGAAAGGCGCAAUUACCUCUUCGCGGCCAAGAGUGGAGGUUGGGCAUCCGUCAAGCGAGAUUACGACAUACCGCCUCUGGAAACCGUUCCCUUUAUGCGGCCGCUUUUCGAUCCGACAGACGGAGAAAUUGAAGCUGCGGAACGGUCGUGGAGUGAAUGGCUUGCCCUGGAGGAUUGGAUGGUGGGUUCACGGGCGCCAGAGACGGAUUAG